UACAGGAUUGAAAUACGUGACGAAGACUCAAGUCUGGAAGUCAGGCUUGGAUUGACUUGGAGUAACGAAACAAACAGCUGGAGGCGUUACGAUAGCAUGACGGACAAGAAUGGCAAUGUAAGAAUUGUCGAGGUUCAUGCUUCUAAGGGUCGUGCACCUUCUGCGGCAAUGGCGGCAUACACGGCGUGGAAGCGUUCUUCUCGGACAAAGGGCAGCCGGCAACCGACCUCAGGGUCAGAGUGGCAAGCAGCCCCCCAGCAAUGGGUGACGGAGGUCACAGCGCGUGGCCGUGCAUACGAAGCGGAGGCGCGAAGCGUUAAAAGUAUUUGAGAUAAAGAUGUUCAGGCCAUAUGUCGUCUAUCUCAUGCUAUUGGUGUUUGGCUUGGACCUCUGCCGUGUCGUAAAUUCUCGCUUAGGUUUACGAGACUACAGCAUCAUGGCAAGAUACGCAGCCGAGGCACUUCUGUACUGUUUCGAAUUGCGCAACGAAUAAGUAUAUAUUCUGGGACGCGCACCU